AUGUCCGUCAUGGAGGCCUGCGUGCGAUGCCGUACGCACUACGUGGACUCAACAGGUGAGUAUAAUUUUGUCCGUCAAGUCAUUGAACGAUUUAACGAGGAAGCUAAGAAACAGGGUGUUGCUCUGGUGUCCUGUUGCGCAUUUGACAGCGUCCCUGGGGACCUGGGCAACUACGUUGUGCAUCAAGGCCUUGGUGCACAGGUGAGCGAAGUAAGGGCGUUUUACCAGCUGUCGGGUGCCGGGAUGUCGGGCGGCACGGCACGCUCUGUCUUUGCGCUUCGUGAGGCGUGCUGCCCGGAAGACAGCGAUCCAUACAGCUUGCUCCCGACGGAUGCUUCACGCCCCGUUAAAGCGCCCACGCGGAGAGGUUUGUGGUACGAUGUUUCGGAGAAGAGGCUGACGGGGCCGUUUGUGAUGGCUGCCACCAAUGAGCGCGUGGUGCGUCGCACGAAUGCCUUGCUUGGCUACGGAGGCACCUACGUGGAGGCACAGGAGGGAACACUUGGAGUUGUUGCCGCUGCAACUAUCACGAGGUAUCUGAUGGCGGCGGUACUUGCUGUCCCGUUCCUCCGUCGCUACAUCGCUGAACACUGGCUGCCACCGGUGGGAGCAGGCCCCACACAGUCGCAGAGGGAACUGUCGUGGUAUAAGUGCGUCUUUGUCGCGGUCGAUAAGUCCGGAAAGACGCUGCGGCGGGUCGUACUCUCCGACACGCGCGACGCGUACACAGCAAGCGACAUGUACAUUGCCGAAGCAGCUCUCAGUGCACUGCAACGGGCCAAGGAAGGUUCUCUGGGUACCGGUGCAUUGAUGACGCCCAUGGCGGCAUUCGGCGACGUUCUGCUUCAUCGCGUCCGACAGGCCGGCGUCGUGGUGGAGGUGGUGGAAGAAGCGACUGCAAGCACGACAGCGCCCGCACAAUAA